AUGGCGACACGACUCCACGAUCUGAUUCACGUUUCUGCCCAAGCUGACCCUGAUGCUGGCGCGUUGACGGUCAAAAAACAACAUUUGAGCUACGGUCAAUUAGCCUCUGAAACGCUGAAAAUUGCCAGUGGGCUGUCGGCAAUGGGCGUACGAAAGUUCGAUCGCGUUGCAGUAUUUCUGGAAAAGCGAUUUGAGACAGUGGUAGCGUUUUUCUCUGUCAGCAACGCGGGUGCUGUCCUGGUUCCUGUAAAUCCGGUGCUGAAAGCCGCACAGGUAGGCCAUAUCCUUCGCGAUUGUGAGGCAACAGUGCUGAUUACCAGCAUCGCGCGAUUGUCGGCAUUAACCCAGGAACUCACCCAUUGCCCUUCACUCGAUCAUGUCGUUUUGGUUGAUGAAGCGGCGCCGGAUUCCACCGAUGAUUCGAUCAAGCGCUGGCAAGAACUUCAAGCGGGAUCGGCGCGGCCACUGCCGCGGGUUAUUGACACCGAUUUGGCCGCCAUCCUGUAUACCUCAGGCAGUACCGGGCAACCGAAAGGGGUCAUGCUAUCGCACCGCAAUAUGGUGGCUGGCGCGCAGAGUGUGGCUCAGUAUCUGAACAACACCUCCACGGAUUGCAUCCUGUCUGCUCUGCCGUUAUCGUUUGACGCUGGUUUCUCUCAGUUGACAACCGCGUUUAGUGUCGGCGCCAGAGUGGUAUUGCUCAACUACCUGAUGCCUCGCGAUGUUAUUGGAAGUAUGGAUCAGGAAGGCGUUACCGGCCUAACAGCAGUGCCGCCGCUGUGGAUACAGCUGGGCCAAUUGCAAUGGCCAGAAUCUGUUGUGGAGUCGCUCAGAUAUUUCGCCAAUACAGGGGGCCAUAUGCCGGCCCAAACGUUGGCUCGACUACGUGAAGCCUUGCCCCGCUCAAAACCCUUUCUGAUGUACGGCCUGACCGAAGCGUUCAGGGCCACCUAUCUGCCGCCAGAACAGGUGGACGCAAAACCGGACUCCAUGGGCAAAUCAAUUCCAAACAGCGAGGUAUUUGUACUCAGAGAGGACGGCACCUGUUGUGAUGCUGAUGAGCCGGGUGAGCUGGUGCAACGCGGAGCCCUGGUAGGGAUGGGCUAUUGGAACGACCCGGAAAAAACGGCGGCCCGAUACAGACCAUUGCCGGAUCAUCUGCGUCCGCCGGGUGUGGUGACGCCCGAGCUGGCAGUAUAUUCCGGAGAUGUAGUUCGGCUGUGA